CUCCUCCUCCUCCUCCUCCUCCUUCUUCUGCUCCUCAUACUCAUCCUUCCUCUCCUGCAGUGUUUUUUUCGGUUUAUCCUCACAGCCGUAGCUUUUGAAGCUCAUUUCUUUUGCGUCCAAGCCUCAGUGCAAAUACGCGCUCGGCAUCCCCACCACCAUCGAUGCCGCUGUUCGGCCUGCUGUGCAGACUGCAUGCAGUGCCCCGGUUUGCCCGAGCUGUUGCGAUUGUCCCUGCAAUGAAGCAGAUCCCGUUGCUAGGGCAGCCCGCAGCAGUUGUGCGUCGUCUGCAUGGAUUGACGAAGUGCCGCGUGGUUCUUCCCUUGCCCGCAGCGGCUUUCUGUUUAUUCGCAGUCAACAAUUUGGUACAGGAUUAUUUUGGGACCAGCAAGGACUUUUUCCACGGCUCCUUCACGACGACGAAGGACCCAGAUGACAUAGCCGAGUUCUACCAGGCCGAAGACCUUUUGAAGGUCAUCGCCGGGCACCCCUUCUUCUUCAGAUUGUUUAUGGACAAGGUAGUGGUAGGAGACACUCCAGUAGAGGAACAUCAGGCGCUCCUGUCGGUUGACGAGUCGCGGAUGACUGUGAAGAAUUUGGGUAUGGAGGUCGCUUUCAAGAUCACUGACCAGGAUGAGGAUUUCGAGGGGAAAGCCAUGAGAACUUUCACUCGCCACGAGCGGUUCUUGGAUUACUUUCCUCUUCUGAGCGACUGGGGCUUCAAGGUUCUCCUCUGGGACCAGACAUGGACGUACGGAUUCCGAUGCCAUGAGGGCGGCGUGGUGGAGGUGUACCACCAUGGCAACGACUUCUACGGACCUUGGCCCGUCCGGUUGAUUGUUCAACUCCAUCAGCGCUACGUGCUUUGGGCGUGCAACAGGUUGAUCAACAGCGAGGCGUUUGGCAACGACGAGGAUGGCUUCUGGGCGGAGAAGAAGCAGGAGAUGCUCGACUGCAUGCCCAGGGUCGCCUCACCUUUUCGUGCCAAGGAGCGGACGUACUCAGAGGGCUGUGCGAUGCGCAUCGUGAUCGGCUGAGACUCAGGCGGAGGAGAAGCUUGGCACAGGAGGGGGAGGAGGAGGAUGCCGAUCUGCCCUUUCGGAGUGUGUGCAGAGAGGCCUGGCGUCCCGGCCCGCCCUGACCCUCCGCGGCGCCACUGCCCCCGCCCCCUCUGUUGAGACUCGACUGCAGGGGAUGCUUGUAAUUCGAUGCGCCCCGUGCCCGGCGGCGAGCGAGGGAGGGAAACGAGAAGCAGCACGCCUUCUCAAGAGGCGGCGGGGCUCCUCAGAAGCCCUCGCUCCUCCUGAGAAGUUUCUGUGCGCCUUCGGGGAGGGCUCAGAAUACUUCUCCGAAGCCCGGGGGGCUUCUGAGCCUUUUGAGAAGGCCUUCUCCUUCUAACUCCCCCCCCCCCCGGCUGGCCGCCGAUGUGCGCCUGGGGGGCUAUCCCCUUCGAGCGUUGCAUGUGGCGUCCCCGCUGGUCUGACCCGUGCUUGGUCAGGUGCGCCUCGUUCAGAGGCAGCUGGCCUGCGCUUCUGAGCGUCAGAGCUUCAGAUCGGACGCUGAUCGUCAGAGUCCGCGCGUGCACGUCUGUCCCCAUGUGUGAGCGCUCGCAGUGCCGGUGCCGAGCGCUCCCUGGGUGUCGCCGAUUUUGUGUUGGCGACCUUCGUUGCAGUCGACGUCGUGUCCUCGCGUUCGCACGACCCCGCAGGGAUCUCGUUGUGCGGGUCGCGAGGGCCCUCGGCGCGCAGGUGUACAGUCGCGACGUCGCCCGAGCGCCUGGAUGCUGCGGGCAUGGAACAGCAGGAUUUGGGUGCCCGCGGCCAGGUGGCGUUC